UCGAAUCGUCUGCUCACUUGUUUAUUAUUCCUCGUGUUCUUUAUCAGUAAAAAUCAUGCCGAUUUCGCUGAGAUUUUACAGUAGUUUAAUCAAAUGCAGCCGGCAGAAUUAUAGUUCAAUCAGAAAAACCAAACCGAAAAUACAAUUAGAGUCGGAAGAGGUUCGUGAGCCGAAGCCUGUUCAUGUGCUGCGUAAUCCUUAUCCAUGGAAAACCAAGGAGCAAUUUGUUGACCAUUUAGCCGCAAAUGUAAUAUACAACAAAGAUGGACUUGUAGCCAUCAACAAACCAUUUGGGGUGCCACUAAUGAAAAGUGGGUUAACAACUGGCCACAACGAAAGCCUGUUCUCAAUAGACGAGGUGCUGAUUCCUUUGGCCUCUAAACUCAAUGCAGAAAAACUCUUGCCAGCCAAAUCGGUUGAGAGGUUUGCGAGUGGAAUUUCCUUAUUCACUUGCCAGGACGAGAAAGUAGUUGACAAAAUUAGGCAGUGCUACAACACAAACAAGUUGAGAAAAAUCCAUACAUUCAAGUAUUUGGCGGUAACCAUUGGAGAACCCAAACCCUCUGAAUCCAAAGGCACUGUUGGGAUGGGGCUUUUUGAGCACAAGGAUUUAACACGAAAACUGCCUGUCAUCAUGAAAGAAUACAGCAAGAAGAAAGUAGCUGAAAACCUAGUCCAGGAGUACAAAGUAAACUACAAAUCGUUAUCCCAUGGAGAUGGACCAUGCAGUCUGGUGGAAAUCGAUGUUUCGUCCGUCAAAAAUCACUUUUUGCGCGUGUACUUUGCCCACCUGUUCUCACCUAUUCUUGGAGAUCACAUAUUCGGCAAUCGCGUUCAAGAAAUCAAAGGCAAACGUUUAGCCAUCAGCCCCGUUCAAGCUGACUACUUGUCAAACUUUCAGAAAAUCCCUGCAGACAUUUUAGCUCGACUUAAGGUGGUUGAAAGUGGAUCAGUACCCAACUGUCUUCAUCUAAGUCAAAUUACUCUGGCAAAUUUCGCCAGUCGAAAUUCAAAUUUAGUUCUUAAAGCUGAACCUCCUCCUGGUUUUCAGUUCAUCUGUGAGACCUUCGGUUUACAUUUGCCCAACUCUAAUGAAUGACAACUUUGUAAAUAAA